AUGCAGUCUAUCUACGAGACAUUUGUAGAGGACGAUGGUUCAGAUGAUGGCAAUGUCGUUCGGGGAAUCGAUCCCGGACUCGGGAAGCUAGACGGUCACGAAGUACUGAUUUUCGACAUUUCUGGCAUAAACAAGGAACAGGCUAACGAGCAGAACCAUAGUUGGGUAGGCCAGGAAACCUACGACAAGAACAUGUGCACUAAUUAG